AGCAGCAAUUCGCUCUGCGAACUAGAUUGAGACAUCUGUCAGAACACUGAAGCGUAUCUCGUCAAGUUUCAGGAUACCAGAUUUGGACAACACCGGCCUCCACUUGGAUGGAGCAUGCUGCUCGGAUUUUCGAAACCCCUUUCAAAGUACCCUGCAUGAGCUUGGCCUUGUUCAUGGGUAAGGUCCACGCAGAAAGAAAGGUUAAGCUUCUUUACUACUUUGUAUCGGACCGAGGGACAAUGUUACCUGGCGUCCUCAGGAACCACGAUGAUGGGGUUCGUAGCCAUGCCCCCGGUAAGCUACUGGGAAAAUCUGUAUAUAACGAACCUGAUUGUCCUUCUUUCAAGAUCUUGUUUGUCUUCUUCCAGCCCAUCCACACCACAGUUUUCAAUCAUUUGAUACUUUCUUUACUUCAUCGCCCCGCCGGACGGACCAUUCUUUUCUUCGACGAUACACUCUUUGUUAUCCCACAAACUUUCUCUCAAAAACACAAACUUUUUACACCUUUGUAAUUUCAAAGCCUCAAGAAAUCCGUCAAAAUGAAGUUCUCCAUCGCCUCCACCUUCGUUACCCUCCUGGCCGUCGCCAGCGCCGCCACGGUCGAAACCCCCGAGCAGUCCCUUGACCGCCGUGCCGUCCUCCUCAUGGAGCGCCAGGGCGCCAACGCCAACAGGCCCGUCCCUGAGGGAUCUUGCUGUGUUGCCAACACCUCGCUGAAGCAGGAUGUCUGCCGUGUCAACGGCCAGAGCGGACGCUGUGUUCCUUCUGGCAGCGCCAACUGCGGUGAGCGUCUCACUUGCAUCCAGGACAGCGCCUUGACCUGCGACCCCAACAGGCAGGAGCGUGGCCGUCCUUUCUGCCGUCCAACCAACGGCAGGAAGUAAAGCUUGACGUCAGUUUUCGGCAUCCGACAGUGUCGGGUGCUGCUGACGUUGCCCCCGAGUAAGACUAGACGCUGCUCGGGCUGGUUGUGCUUUUAUUCUUUUUGACUUUAUUUUUUUAUUAUUAUUAUGAAGGUGUAAUAUUUGGAGAAACUUUUUGGGACACAGGGAGUCCAUAGAAACUGUUAUUUGAUUGAAUAUACAGCUGUGGUGUUUUGGUGAAACGUUUCGUGUCACUUGUCUAUCUGCCUGGUGAGUCAUGUUCCUCGCCUCUUGAAUGCUUUCAUUUAUCCCCCAAAAAAAACCGUUGGCAACCAAAAACAUGAUGCAAUCACUUUACCUCAAUUCAAAGACGCAGCUGAGCUCAAGAUGUCAUCCGUUAUUCGCAGAAAGUUGCAUGGAAGUAAAGUUCAGCUGAUAGGUUAGCGUGUCAUGGCAAUUGAACGGUCUGACGAACCAAGCCUAACGCUAAGCAAAAC